CACCCUUCAUAUUAGGUUAUUUUAAUGCCUGGUACACAACAUUUUAGCUUGUUGUAAACUAAAAAAUACAUAAUUUACUAUGGGAAAGGUCAUGUCGAUGUUGGCACGUAAAGCGAAUCGUUUUAAUGUAGAGAAUAGGGCACAUCGAGUAUUGGAGCGUGACAAGCCAGUACCGGCACCGAAAUAUGAGUCCAAUCUUCACGACAUGCAGCGAGCUCUUGAGUUGGACCCACAGCUUGUAGAAAAGCUGAACAAGAAGGAUCAAGCGCUAGAUGAACGACUAAAAAAUGUUUAUGUAACUUCAGAGGAUAGAUUUAUUGACUAUGCUUCCCAGCGCGCGGAUCCCAGUAAACCGCUACCGUUAAGUCGCAAAACUCCACAAGAUUUUGAAUACGGCUACAGAGAACCGACUCGAGUUGCAGCUGGUCGUUGCACACUGCGGCAAGCAAUGCAGUUCAUAACGGACCAUCAAAGCGAUUCUAGUUUAUGGACCAAACAGCGAAUCGCUGCAGACUAUAAAUUAAAGGAAGAUGUUGUUGAAAAAAUUUUGCAUUAUUUUAGAACUUUUAAUGUGUACAUACCAGACAGGGGACAAAAAGAACGUGUACUCUCACAAGCUAGUAGGAAACUAAUUGAUAACAAAAAAAAUGAAGAGUAAUGAGGGUAUGAACUUGUCUUUAUUGUGUGAACGUCGUGCACUAUCUUUUAGUCGAUUACGGUUAAGUAGAAAUAUACGUCUUUACGAACAAAA